CCCUAUAAUCUACAGGGACCCGAGCCCCUAUGGAAGUAGCUAUGACGCCGCGCUCAAAUCCGAGUUUAGGUUUGGCCUUUUUAUUUCAUUGUUGACUCAUAGCUUUGAGCCUUCAAGGUCGCUAUAUUUCGAAAAGCGCAUCAUAACGGCGGGCUUGGCAUAGGCCUAUUUGCCGACAAAUCCUGGAUUUUAUUUGGUCAAACUCGGUUAUUACAGCAGACGGAACGAUCAUGGAGGGUCAACAACCUGCGGCUUUAGAAGCACAAUCAUCGAAUUCAACAACACAAAAUCGUCCUGGGGGUGGAAGAUCUUCAAGAGACAAUGGAAACCGCGGUGGUCGCGGAAGUCGGCGCCCUCGUGGCCAGCAAGGGGUUCAAAGAAACGAGGCACAUUUAGCAAAUUCUUCAACCCCUACUCCUUCAGAUCAGAGCAGUCGCGGCAGCGAGAGAGGACGAAGAACUACCAGAGGGAUUGGAAGGGGAGGCAAUAGAAAUGCUCGUAGAGCGACAUUGGCCCAGCCACGAACUUUUGGAGGUCAUCUGACGGCUAACAUCGAGGCCGGAGAAUCUAGCACUCCGAGCCCAACACAAUUGAGUGCCGGUGCUCAAGAAUUCGUACCUGGCCAAUCAUCGUAUGGAAAUAGCAACAGUGCGCCUAAGAAGCAGCAGCAAGCUAAAACCAAUCUUAAACCCAGAGCUUCAAAAUCGACGGCUUCUGAUCUUUCCACGAGAAUCCACGAGGAUAUUCAGAACGGCCAGUAUGAGUGCGUUAUAUGCACUAAUGAAGUCUUACCGAACUCGAAAAUCUGGUCAUGUUCUAUAUGUUGGACAGUGUCCCAUAUGUCAUGUGUUAAGAAGUGGUUCUCGAAUCGAACAAGGACUUCAGACGAAGAACAAAUUAACUGGAGGUGCCCAGGAUGCAACUCCAACAUAACAGAAGAGCCCUCGACUUAUCAUUGCUGGUGCGGCAAGGAGUUCAAUCCUAGAUCAAUACCUGGCCUUGAUCCUCACAGCUGUGGACAAUCUUGCUCAAAACCGAGAGCAAAUUGUCCACAUCCAUGUACCCUAAAAUGUCAUGCAGGACCCUGCCCGCCAUGUUUAGCUAUGGGCCCGUCUCAACCAUGUUUUUGUGGUAAAAACAUAACUACAAAACGCUGUAGUGAGACGAAUUAUACACAUGGAUGGAGCUGUCAUGAGAUAUGCGGGGAUUUGCUACCUUGUGGAGAUCACGAGUGUCAAAAAGAAUGCCACCCGGGUCUUUGUGGAAGCUGCGAGAUUCCUAUUUUGUCUUUCUGCUACUGCGGCAAAGAGGCUAGAGAAAUUCCUUGCGAACAGCGUGGCGAGAAAAAGGAAUCUUAUAACCAUGGCCAGGUUGAAGGUGACGUCCCGAAGAACGACGAAUUGAUUGAGAAUUGGUAUUGGGGCACUUUCGGUUGCGAAAAUGUCUGCGACAGGGUAUUUGAUUGCGGAAAACACCGUUGCGAAAAGGGAUGUCAUCCUCAAGAUGAAAAUGAGGCACGUUGUCCAUUAUCUCUUGAUCUGAUUACACAUUGCCCAUGCGGUCAAACAGACCUCGCAGAUAUACUCAAUCAACCUAGGGAGACUUGUGAAGAUCCAAUUCCUACUUGCGGAAAUAAGUGUAACAAACCAUUGCCGUGCGGUCAUUCUUGUCAGUUCAACUGUCAUUCCGGCCCGUGUGCGCCAUGUUUGCAAAGUAUGGAAAUUACCUGCAGAUGCGGUCGAACAAAGGUGACCUCAGUCUGUCACCAAGGCACAAUAGAAACGCCCGAAUGCAUGAAGAUCUGUCGUGCCCAGCUCAAUUGCGGCAGACAUGAACAUGGUGAACGUUGUUGCCCUGGAGAAAAGAGGGCGGCGGAACGAGUAGUAGCGUCAAAGCGAAAGAAUCGAAACGCCGGUCCCGCGAACGACGAAAUCGAGGCGGAACACAUAUGUACGCGAACAUGUGGACGGGAUUUAAAAUGCGGAAGGCAUCAGUGUGAGCAAAUGUGUCACAGAGGGACUUGUCCUUCUUGCCCUGAGGCCAUAUUCGAAGAGAUCAGUUGCAAUUGCGGCCGAACUACUCUCCAACCGCCUCAACCUUGUGGCACAGAACCUCCGGAAUGCAAUUUCGCGUGUACAAGGCCUCGACCGUGUGGACACCCCCAGGUAUCCCAUAAUUGCCAUACUGAUAGAGAAUCUUGCCCGAAAUGCCCAUUCCUUGUUGAGAAGCAAUGCGUCUGCGGGAAGAAGACGCUCAAAAACCAACCUUGUUGGUUCGAAGAGCCACGAUGUGGUUUACCCUGUGGUCGAAAACUGAAAUGCGGUAGUCAUGCAUGCAGGAUGACCUGCCACCCGGGUGCAUGCGAGGAUGCCGAUGUUCCGGGAUCUCGUUGUAGGCAACCUUGUGGCAAGAUGAGGAAGUGUGGCCAUUUAGAUGUUGAGCCGUGUCAUUCUCCAUCUUCUUGUAAAGAAGAUAAGCCUUGUCAGGCGAAGACCUUUAUUACAUGCGAUUGCCAACGCAGGAAACGGGAAGUAAGAUGCAUGGCUACCGCGAAGAACCCGUUUCCAUCUCGAGAAACUCUUGCUUGCGAUGAAGAAUGUCUCCGUUUGCAACGCAAUGCUCGUUUGGCAGAUGCACUGGACGUAGAUCCACAAACCUACACGGAUGAUCAUGUACCCUACUCCGAUACAACCCUCAUGUUUUACAAGAAAUCCCGCGAGUUUGCACAGACAUACGAACGAGAAUUUCGUCUCUUCGCUGCGGAUCCGACCCAGAAAACGCUUCGAUUCAAGCCAAUGAAGUCUUCGCAAAGAGCAUUUCUUCAUUCUCUUGCUGAAGAUUUCGGGUUCGAUAGCGAAAGUGCUGAUCCCGAGCCUCAUAGACACGUUGUUCUUUUUAAGACUCCACGAUUCGUGUCAGCACCAACGAAGACAUUGUCACAAUCUUUAUCCAUUAAAGAUUCGGCGCAACGAAGCUCAGCACAACCACUAGCAUUGGCUAGUGAAAAUUCUAUUGUAAAGAAGCCGUUCAAUGCGCUGCUUCUGUCUACGCCACAAUUUGGCCUGACUAUAGAGGAGCUGGAUUCAGCACUUCAGAAGGCAUACGCGGUUCAUCCUAAUAUAAAGUUCCAGACGAACUUUUUGCCUGAUGAUAUUGUCAUCAAGACUUCUGGUUCUUGGAGGCAACAGAACUUCGAGGAGGCUUUGAAGUCUCUUAAGCCUGUUGUAUUGAACAUUGUCCGUUCUUCAAAUCUAGCUCGCGAUGUUUCUCUCUGUCACGUCGAUGACAAUUUGAACGUAACUCGCACCGACAAAGAUCAGGCUAGAAGUGAAGGGGGUUGGAGCGCCGUUAUACGCCGCUCGGCUCGCCCAAAGCCAGCUGCUACUCCGGUUCCUUCCUCAGCACCGUUACGUAGUGGAUUCGUGGCUUUGAGAAAGGAACCGAAGAAGGUUGAGCAGGAGCCCAUCGAGGAUGAUUGGGAGGCUGCUGCAGAGAAGAUGGACGAUGAGUGAAAGGGGUACACUCCAAAAUACGAGAAAAUCUAAGGUUGAGCAGCAUUUGUGAUUCAGGGGUCUAGCAUAGCUGGGAGUUGGAUGAGAAAUCUUGCUUGGCGUCUGAAUACUGCAUACGGAUGGAACGGUUAGCUAUACUUUUCUGAGCCCAUUAUACUUUGCUACCUCAAGGCUUGCUCUAGUAAACUGUUACUUAAAUUCCCCUAUACUUCUGUGCCCACAUAUUAUCACGAGUGGACGAACCGGAUGCAUGCAUAUAGGCAGCUGUGCUCUUAAAUUUCUUCAACACACAUAAUUUAACUCAUAUCAAUUCUCCUAAUACCAUAAUCUUAAAAUAUUACAUCAAAAUCAAGUUUACAAGACUUAUAAUCGGUUGAAAUCGAGAGAAAUAGG